AUGAAUCCAACGAGUUUAUCAAUAUUUCGCGGAGUUUGUUUAGUUGGUCUCAUCUCACUUCUACAUUGUGCCUAUUCAGCUGCACAGCAUCGUUUUUAUUUACGACUAACGGAACAACCAUUCACGCAACUACCUCUUGAUAUUAUCGUACAAACAAUUGUGAGCUUAAUUGCUUUCCUUUAUAGUGCUACCUGUAUUGCUGGAGAAUUUCAACCAGUUCGUUCUGAUUUACAGAAUCGUACAAAAUCUUGGGACACAGUUGGAAACUGUCCGUCAUUUUAUACGUUUGAUCAUCGUGCCAGAACUCUUUCACCAUCAUACAGCGAUUCAUGCCAGCAAUACUUCGAUUCUUCACCGUGCCCGUCCUCAUCAACUGUUCAAGAUGGCGAACUUUUUCGUUGCGACUAUUAA